AUGUCGGGCCCGCCCAGCACGGCGGCCAUCCGGACAGACCUGGCGCGGCUGCAGGCGGCGGCCGCAGGCGCGUCGGACGCGAGCGCGUUCCGGACGGCGGUCCGCAACAUCUGCGCCGCCUGCCGCUCCUCGCAGCUCGCGCUGGCGGCCUACUGCCGCGAGGGCGUGCUGCCGCAGCUCGCCGCGGCGAUGCCUCAGGUCAUCGGCAACGCGCCGAUGGGAGUGUGCACGCUGGAGGCGGCGCUGUGCCUGGCGCAGAAGCUGCUCGAUGCCAAGGGUGACGCGGGCGCGUACGCCGUCGGCGAGUCGGUCAUGGCGCGCCGCGUCGAUGGCGACUUUGGCGAGGGCAUCGUCCUUGACACUGUGGGCCCUCCUCAAUACACUACACGAGGACGACCCUCGAGCCGAUCGCACUCCAACGAGCACCGCGCCGACGUCAACUGCACCGACGCCGACGGCAACUCGCCGCUGGUGCUCGCCGCCUCCAACGCCGCCUCGGUGGCGAUGGUCCAGUUCCUCAUCUCGCGUGGCGCGCACGUCAACUACUCCUCCGCCGCCGGCUCCGCCCUCGGCAUCGCCGCCGCGCAAGACAACACCGAGGUGGUACGGUGCCUGCUGGCGCACGGGGCCGACGCCGGCGUCGUCGACCUCUCCGCCUGCGCCGAGGAGAGCGCGGCGCUGCUGCGCGAGGUCCUCUCCGACGCCGCCGCCUCGGACGCAAAGGCUGGCGGCUCGCCCGGCGCGGCGCCGCUCUGGCCCGCCGAGCGCGACUCCUUUGCCAGCGACGCCUUCCGCCAGCUCGCGCCGGCGCUGGUCGCGACGCUCGGCUCGGCGCACUCGCCAAAGCUGCACAAGCGCGUGCUGAUGGUGCUCGCGUACCUCGUCCGCCGCGCCUCGGCGCCGCGCCUCGCCGCCCUCUCGCCGCUGCAGCUCGGCGCGCCCCCUCUCGCCCCCUGCUCGCUCGCCCGCGCGCUGCUCGGCGCGCUGCGCGUCCUCCUCGCCUCGCCCGCCUUGCUCGAGCAGUUCGCCGCGCUGCGCAUGCUCACCGCCCUCCUCGAGGCGGCGCCCGCCGUCGGCGCCACCGCCCGCCGGCACGGCCUUGAGCCCGUCCUCGCGCGCCUCGCCGAAGCCACCGCCGACAUCGAGACGGCGCCGGCGCACGGCGGCGCCGCCGCCGGCGGAGGCGGCGGGAGCGGCGCGUCGAGCCCACCCGCACCCGCACCCGCCGCAGCGAGCGGCGGCGCAGCGAGUGCCGCCGCCGCGACCGCGCCGCCGCCCGCGCCGCAAGCGGCGGCGCCGCACCACCACUCGCGGUCGGUCGGAUUGCGCGCGGCGGACGUCGCGGCGCUCGCGGCGGCGGCGCUGACGCUGCUGCGCGCCGCGCCCGCCGCCGCAGACGAGGCCGCGCCGUGCGCGGCGCUGGUCAAGCUGCAGUCGUCGCAGCCCUUUGGCGCCGCGAUGCGCGAGCUCGCCGGGCUGCUGGUCGGGCGGCAGGCGCCGUCGGCGCACGAGCUGCAGCAGUCGGGCGCGCUGCGCUGGCUGCUCGGCGCGCUCACCGAGGGCCCGCCCGCCGAGCUGCGCGCGCGCUGGGCCGCCUUUGAGGCGGCCGACGCCUUUGGCCCGCCGUGGCUACCGCGCGGGGAGGGCGCGCUCGCGCAGCUGCUGCAGCUGCUGCACAACGGGCUGGUUGCGGCCGAGGCCUACUCGUCUGCCGGCGAGGCAGCGCACGCGCUCAAACCGCUCGGCGAGUCGCUGCACGUGGUGCUGCACCCGCUGCACCCCGCCUCGGCGGCGGCGGCGGCGGCGGAGGCCGAGGGUGGGCCCGCGCCGCCGCUGCAGUACUCGAUCGACCCUCUGGUGCGCGUCGCAGAGCUGCAGGCGCUGCUCCUGCGCACGACCGCCCCCGACGACACUACCUACGACGCGUUCUGCGAGCGGCUCGUCGGCUGCGUCAUCGAGGAGCGGCCCCUCCCGCGCGGCGACGCGGCGGCGACCGCCGCCGCCGGCGGGGCGGGCGGCGGCGGCGGCGGCCUCCCCUUCCGGCGGGCGACUGUCACUGGGCUGCGGGUGGGGACGCCGCUCCGGCUCCCUCUCCACACGCUCGAGUACGACCCGCCGGCGGGCGGCGCCGCCGGCUCGCGGCCGGCGGCUUGCGAGGUCGUGAUGGCGAGCCGCGAGUACCGCAUCGUCGGCCGCGUCUCCAAGGAGCGGCUCGCCGAGGCGCGCUCGCGCGCGGCGGCGGGCGGCUCGCGCGGCGCGGUGGCCGACCCGGACGCGCGCAUCCACUCGGUCACCAUCUCGUGCCCCGAGGGGCUGCCCGUCGACUUCUUCCUCUCCGAAGUGCUGCCCGAGGUGCGGCGCGCGCUGCGGCAGGCGGAGCCCGGCUGCGCGCCGAUGACGCGCUCCGUCAACGACGACUACGGCUGGCGCGACCGCGGCUGGGAGCGCGGCGGCGCGCAGUUCGAGCGCGGGCUCGGCGAGAAGCUGCGCGACACGGGCUCGGCGGCGGUGGCGCGCCGGCAGACCAAGCGCGAGGCGGAGACGCUGGUGACGCGGCUCAAGGACACGCUCAUGGUGGCGGUCGAGGUCGACAACGAGUCGUCCAACGGCGGCGGCGACGGCGAGCCGCCCGCGGCGGAGCGCUUCCCGCUGCUCUCCCGCGUGCAGGGGCUGGUCGCCUUCGGCGGUGGCGGGGGCGGCGCCGGUGCCGGCGGCGGCGCCGGCGGCGCGGCGGGCGGCGACGAGGGCGGCAGCGGUGGCGCGCAGUGGCUGCCCGCUACCGUCGCCGAGGCCGCCGGAGGGGGCCUCUCGCUCGUGUUUGACGACGGCUCAUUUGAGGCGGCGGUGCCGGGGUACCGCGUUCGCGCGGUGCCGCAGGAGGAGGCGUCGAAGCGGCUCAACCCGCUCGCCGCCAUCUUCAUGACGUUCGAGCAGUUCCUCUCGUCGCGCGAGGAGCGGCGCGCCGACCCGGAGCUCGGCGGUCGCGAGUCGGCGCCCGCCAACCUGCGCCGCACCCUCUCCGCUUUCCACGUCGGCCGCGCGGGCCAGGUCGGCCACGUGCCGAUGGACGGCGGCGC